AUGAGCCCUUCGGCCUCCUGCGUCCACGCCAUCACCACCACCACCACCACCACCACGUUCAAGGGCAUCGACCCCAACAGCAGCAACAGCUCGCAGGUUUUGUGGCCUCCAGCUGAUGGAUCCAAUUUUUCAUUAGGCUUUGCUGAACCAACAGAACGACACAUGAGGAAGAACAAAAUGGCCUCUAGCACCUUUGGGACAACUGAGAAAAAUUCCCCUUCAUGGGCCAAGUCAGCAGGUGCCAAGUGUCAUGGCAGAAAAGAUUCUAAACCAUCUGGACCCCAAAGAAGGAACUCUUCUGAAGCGAACUCUGGAGACUUCCUAGAUCUGAGGGGAGAAGGUGAGAUUCGAAAAUAGGGACACAGACUUGCAGGCCAGCCUGGGACAGAGUGA